UACUAGCUUGCUGUUGUUCCACAUAGAGGGGGGACCGAGAGAGAGAGAGAGAGAGAGAGAGAGAGAGAGAGAAAGCUAAGAUCAUGGCGGAUGCAGCAGUCGAUUUCCUCCUUGAAAAGCUCCAGCAUCUACUGUUUCACCAAUCCCUUCUCAUCAUCGAUGUCAAGAAGCAGGUGGAGAAGCUGGUGGAGGAUCUCCACCUCUUCAAACUCUUCCUUGAGGACUCCGCCAAGAAUCGGCGGAAGGACGAGAGCCUGCGAGAGCUCGCCCGCCACAUUCACGAUGUUGUUUACGAGGCAGAGGACAUCAUCGACGCCUUGGUGACGCAGGCCGCCAACAGCAAGUCCAGGAGUUACUUCAGCAGAGCUUUCGACGCGCCGACGAAGCUCCUCACCAUCAUCAAUGAUAUCGACACCAUUUGCGCUAUGGUCGGCAACAAGGCCUGGAUUCACUCCGCCGACCUCGCCGGGGAUGAAGGGCUUCAAAAAUCAGAGGUUCCCCUCCUACGACAGGAUAAUGUGGUGGGUUUUGAAGAUGGCGCCAAAAAACUAAUAGGUUUUCUCCUUGAAGAAGCACCGCAGUUGGAUGUCAUCUCCAUCGUUGGCAUGCCUGGCCUUGGCAAGACAACCUUGGCAAGAAAGAUUUUCAAUGAUCCAGUUAUCCGGUACGAGUUUCCUGUUUGCAUUUGGAUUUAUAUCUCUAAAGAGUUCACGAAAAAGGAUGUGUUUCUUGCCAUUUUGAAAGAGUUCACCAGAAUCGAUGAGCACAUGAAUGGCAAAAGCGAUCAUGAAUUAGCUCAACUAGUUGCUGCUUAUCUAGAGAGAGGAAAAUUCUUAAUAGUCAUGGAUGAUAUAUGGACAGUUGAGGAUUGGUAUACACUCCAAAUUGCUUUGCCAAACAACAACAACAAGGGGAAAGUUUUGAUCACCAGUCGUCAUGUUCAAGUGGCUCGCCAUGCUAAUCGCAGUAGAUUUCCCCAUGACUUGCGUCUCUUGACUAAGGAUGAGAGUUGGUUGCUGCUCCAGUAUGAGGUAUUCGGUAAGCCCGAAUGCCCUCCUGAGUUAGAAGUUGUUGGAAAAUCAAUUGCCGGAAAAUGUUGUGGAUUGCCACUUGCAAUAGUGGUGGUAGGAGGAAUUCUUGUCAACGAGUUUUCAGCAUCAGAUGACAUGAGUGCGACAAGAAAUGCAUGGACAAAAGUGUUUGAAAGCAUUGACGACCUUAAUGAGGACCCCAAGAGAUGCAUUGAAAGAAUUAUAGCAUUAAGUUAUGAUAAAUUGCCUUAUCACUUAAGAGCGUGUUUUCUCUACUUGGGAAUGUUCCCUGAAGACUUUGAGAUACCUAUUUGGAAAUUACUUGGCAUGUGGAUUGCAGAAGGUUUCAUACAGAAAGAAUCUAGCAUCAACCUGGAGGAAACUGCAGAAAAUUACUUAAAGGAUCUUAUUGGCCGGAACUUGCUAAAAGUUGAUAAGAGGAGAUCCGAUGGAGGAGUCAAAACAUGCCGCAUCCAUAAUAUGCUACGUGAUUUCUGCAAGAAUAGAGCGGGAAGUGAAACGGAGAAUUUCCUCCAAGAAGUGGAGAUGUAUAAUGAUGGAUUUGUACCUCCUAUUAGCCAUGUAGAAAAAGUUCGACGCCUUUGUAUCCAUGCUAAUGUCUUGGAGUUUCUAUCUUCUCAACCUUAUGGUCCUCGGGUACGUUCUUUUGUUUGUUUCUCCAAGAAAAAUGUUAGCUUGGAAGGCGGGAGCAUUUCAACCAUACCUAAGGCUUUUAAACUGCUUAAAGUUCUCGACGCCAAGCCCAUGAAAUUUGCAAGAAUUCCUAGUGAGCUUUACCAUUUAUUUCAUUUGAGGUACAUCAUCUUGUCCUUCAAUUUGGCAAGUCUUCCUAAAUACUUUUCCAAGUUGUGGAGCAUACAAACACUUGUAGUUUAUACAACUUGUCGAACUCUUGAAAUUAAAGCAGAUAUUUGGCAGAUGAUUCAGUUAAGGCAUUUCAAGACAAAUGCAUCGGCUACUCUGCCGGAAAUAGGGCAAGGUAGUAAAGCAAGUGGACAACUUCAAACACUCAGUAGAAUUUCACCACAAAACUGCACAAAAGAAGUACUUGAAAGGGCUCAAAAUUUGAAGGAAUUGGGCAUUCGUGGAGAACUAGCCUUGCUUCUAGACGACGAUUAUAGAUUAUUUGAUAAUUUGGUGAAGUUGGAAGAGCUUGUGAAGCUCAAGUUACAAAAUGAUGUAUUUCCUAGUCCACCUUCCAUCCACCAAUUGCAAAGCCUUCCUCCAUCAUUCAAAUUCCCACCAAACCUCAAGAGCCUAACGUUAUCUCACACUUUCCUAGAUUGGAAGCAUAUCUCUAUCCUAGGAUUGUUGAAGAACCUCAAGGUGCUCAAGCUAAAAGAAAAGGCAUUCGUAGGUGAUUGUUGGGAGGUAACGGGAGGAGGUUUUCACCAUCUUGAGUUCUUGCACAUUGGAAGGACAAAUUUAGUUACUUGGGUAGCUUUAGGCUAUCAAUUUCCUAAACUCAAAUGCCUUGAGCUGCAUAAUUGUGAGCAACUCCGACAAAUUCCAGUUGGGCUUGCUGAUGUACCAUACUUCCAUGCCUUGGACUUGUGUCGUUCUAAAUAUGCAACUGCUUCUGCCAAGAAAAUUCGAGAAGCAAAGGAAAGGCAAGCAGACCAAGCCGUGGAAGUUGAAGGAUUCAAACUCUCCAUUUUUCCUCCCGAUGAAUGACCACCCUUGCUUAUAUUAUUUUCUCUAUGCAUAUCUAUAUAGGGUGAAUGGAAAUUUACCUCUUAUGAAUUUGAAAAUGAGCGCAUUAUAUAGGGAGGUAAAUUGCUUCAUUUUAAAAAUCAUAGGGGAGUAAAUUGUUGUAUUUUAAAAAAUACAGGGAGGUAAAUUGCUAUUUAUAUUCUCAUAAGGGGAAAUUUGUUCAUUUGCAAUAUAUAAGGGGGUUGUUUGCAUUUUUCCAUAUAUAGAAGCUAUUAUCUUAGCUCUACUGA